AUGGAGUUUGGAGAGUUUGUAACUCUGCAAGGUGCUAGUGUUGAUGAUAACUUGGAGGUUGUAGCUAAGAUAGGGGCGCUUUGUUGUGUGGCCGCUAGGCCACACGGUUCUCGGGCUACAAGUAGGGAGUGGUCGGUGGGAUGCAAUGAACCAUUUUGGCCAACAAGCUCAAGUUUCUCGCCGCCCUUGUCAACAAGGUGGGACUAUCGCUUUCGUGCAGAGGGGUUUUCUUUUGGCUCACAAGGUGAUGAUAGAGUUGUGCACUGUGGAUCUUCCAUUUCGUUGAAUGACAAAAGUUCCAGGAGUUGGGAAAGGAAUGAGUCAUUUGCUAAUCAUCAGUUCUCUGUCUCUGACGGUGCUCUUUCAUGCACCAGUAGCCCUUCUGAUAGCUUCCAAAACUAUCAUUUGAGACCCCCAGUUACACAAGGAGCCAGCAUUGAGGAAUACAUCAGAGAUCCAGUAUCUGGACCACUGGUCAUCCCACGGUUUGUGGAGGGAAAACUGGGGCUUCCAUCCUUUAAUGGUUCCUUUUCCUCGCGUUCAGAUGGCAGUGAAUAUGAUGCUAUAUCAAAAUCUCAUGGUUCUGCUGGUUGCAGCUUCUCGAGUCAUCGCUUUUUCAUGCCAAAGGCCAUUCAUCCUCUAUCAGUUCCAGACCACAUUGCUGGAGGUGAAGAACGAAACAGUAAUGUUUUCUCGACAAUCUCUGGAAACAGUCUACAUACUGAUCAUAGAUUUAUCAGACCACUGGUUGAACUUCAUGCUUUUGGUUUAUCAGAGACUAGUGGUGUCCUCCAGAAGGAGCCAGUGCAUUGGGAUAACUCUGGCAAUGUUGACUUCAUGGACAUCUGUGAACUAUUGGAACCCAAAUCUAGUUCUCAUAAUUCUUUGCAUGAGUUAUCCAAAUGUGGACUAUGUGAGAGGUGGUUGUCGCAGAGAUCACCAUGGUCCUCCCGCCGGAUUGUUUGCAGUGGAGAUUUGCCAACUGCAAGUGUUCUGUCAUGCUGGCAUGUGUAUCAUUCUGAAUGUUUAGAGCGAACCACCCCUAAGAUAUCCAAACAUGAUCCCCCGUGCCCACUUUGUUCAAAGUUGCAUGAAAAUAUUUCUGAUAACUGGGCUGGUUGUCGAAUGAAAAAUGGAUUUCGAAGGUUGAAAUCACCUGGGGAAGGGCCUUCUAGAAUUUGGAGCUGUGCGCAAGCGGGUGAUUGUGUGGAAGGCGCUUUACAUCCGCCAAAACAUGGUGGGAUGGUUUUAUUGAGUAAAAGCCAUAUCAAGACGCAGCUAUCUAUGAAAGGAAAUUUGACCAAGAAACAAAGCGAGGAUCCGAAGAGAAAUGGGAUCCAAGUUGUUUCCCGCGGCAGAAUAUCAGAGGCACAAGGAGCCGUUGGGUGCUCAUCAUCAUCAUUGUCAUAACUAUCAUUGUCAUCAUCAUCCACACGUUCUAACUCAGGUUUAUAAGAUGCUGAAGCUAAGUUGUUUCGUUGAAGUGCUUAGAGUCAUAAUUACUGCAAAAGCUCUCUGUUCAGUGACGGCUUUGUAGUUUUGCUCUUAAAUUUGCAUCCUCGAGAUCUUGGUGCAGGUGAGCUUGUCUAGUGUGAGUGUGUGCUCACCUGAAUUGUAUUUCUGUUGUCUGCAUAAAGAGCAAGUUAAGUUAAUGGAUUAGCCACGGGCCGUUUAUUUGUAUGCAUAUCACUUGUAGACCAUGUUAAGUGUUUUGACCAUUUCUACGUUGUCUGUAAGGGUUGUAAACAAGUAAGUUUGGUGGCGGUUAAACUUAUUUGAUAAGAUAAACUCAAGCUAAUCGAGUCUAAAUUGAAUUAAAUCGUUAAAAUGAAA